CUCUAGAGUUCAUGUUGCAUUCACAUAGCCAGACAAGUCUCUCUCUCUCUCUCUCCCAAUCUCUCUCCUAAUCUCUCUCCCUAUCUCUCUCUCUCAUUUUUGUGUAUAUGAAAGUCAGAGCACCGCCAGCAUCUGAAAACUGCAGCAUUAGCUAGCAAGUAUGGAGCUCUCAUAGAAAACCUAUCUUUUCAUUUUCAUAUUUUUUGUUUUGCUUUGGCCUCAGAGAGAAUAUAUAUUACAUACUCACUAAUGAGUACUUGCACCAGAGAGAUGGAUUUUUUCCCAGCAAAUUUUAUGAUACAAAAUCAUCAGCAUCAAGAACAAGAAGAACAAGUUCAUCAGUUUCCUCAUAUUCAGAACCAUAUGUUACCUCCUCAAGACUUCCAUGGUACAAUAGGGUCAUUUUUGGGUAAAAGCUCCAUGACUUAUUCGAGAGUUGAUCAGCACCUGCAUGAAGAAAGCAAUGUAAAUGGAGACCAUGUGGAUGAUUUGUCUGAUGCAGACGAUGAGGAUGGAUCAGGAGCUCUAGGCUCAGGAGGUUCGAAAAAGAGGAGACUUAACAUAAUGCAGCUCAAGACUCUUGAGAAGAGCUUUGAGUUGGGAAACAAGCUGGAGCCCGAGAGAAAAUUGGAGCUGUCCAGGGCUCUUGGACUCCAGCCCAGACAAAUCGCGAUUUGGUUUCAGAAUAGGAGAGCCAGAUGGAAAACCAAGCAAUUAGAGAAGGACUAUGAUUUGCUUAAGUCUCAGUUUGAUUCUCUUAAAGCCGAAAAUGAUUCUCUCCAGUCUCGCAACAAAGCGCUACAUGCUCAGAUACUAGCAUUAAAAAAUAGAGAGCCAACAGACUCAAUAAACCUGAACAAAGAAACAGAAGGAUCAUCCAGCAACAACAGGAGCACUGAAAACAGCUACGAAAUCAAACCAGAUUUCUCAAGAACUCCUCCAGCCAUCGACAGCUAUCCGCAAAAAAUUACCAGCAUACCCUUCUUCCCUCCUAAUACCUCGAAUUUUAUCAGGCUGCAGCAGCCUGCACUUCAUCUGUCAAGACCAUCUGAUCACCAUCACCACCAGCCAGUUAAAGAAGAGGAUUUCUGCAACAUGCUCGAUGAUCAAACCGCAUUUUGGCCUUGGCUUGAACAACAACAACCCUUCAACUAAAUUCUGAAAAAACUUUAUGCUAUGUAUUAGCAUUCCUCUUGAGUUUAAAUUCUUAUUUUGGUACUUAAUUAGCUUGCAAGUUAAUGGUGUAUAAACUAUUGAGUGAUCGAAAUAUAUAUAUUUCUAAAUUAUCGAAAGAAGUCACUUUUGGCAUUGGCA